ACGUAGAACUGUAGUUCGGUCGCUAUAUAUGUAACUUAAUUUAAUAAUAGUACACUUUAUAAUAGAGUGUGAAUACAUAGUUUCAUAAUUGUGUUUAAUAUACUAAUUGCCAAUUAUGUAAACAGUGAAAAUCUAAUAGUUAAAUUCAAAUGCAAAGAGUGAAAGAAUCAUUUUUCGCGCAGUGUGCUGCGGAUGCUUGGUGCUCGUCUAUAUGUACGUGAAUAUGUACAUAUAUAUUUUAUUGUGUGUUCGUGACAGUUUAUUUAAUACAUUUAUAACCGACAUAAGUAAUUUUAACUGUUAAAGUGUUGAUGCUAUAAAAAAUAGUCUACGAGCCAAUGCAGGCACGAAUAUAAUCUGUUUUAUCGACGUUUCAUUGUCGCACAUAGAAAAUCGCAUACAGUGACACACGUGCGUAUUUAUAUACAGACAAAACCCCAUACAUACAUACCUAAGUACACACACACACACAGGGCAGCGCUCAGCUGUGCUCAGCUGUCGUUUGUUGUCAAUGCGUCUGAUCCUGCCAGACUGUUUUGUUUUUGCGCGGCAUUUUUGUAUAACGGUGUAUCGUUCCUACGACAACAACAACAAUUGAUUGAUUCAACCGAAUAUAAAUCGAUACGGAGAUUCCAUGGGUUCACUGGGACACCGCGCAUUGCUGCAGUACAUCGAUAAUAAUGACAUAUCCGGUCUACGCGCAAUACUCGAUAGCCGUCAUCUAGCCAUCGAUGAUCGGGAUGAGAAUGCUACCACCGUGCUUAUGGUUGUGGCUGGACGCGGCCUGACGGCAUUUGUGCGUGAGUUUUUGGCUCGUGGCGCUGAUGUCCAUGCGGAGGAUUUGGACAACUGGACGGCCUUGCUGUGCGCCACGCGCAACGGUCACCUGGAUGUGGUGCAGCUGUUGUUGGAUCAUGGCGCUGACAUAGAGCAUCGCGAUAUGGGCGGCUGGACUUCUCUGAUGUGGGCUGCGUACCGGGGACAUACGGAACUGGUGCGCCUGCUGCUGGACAAGGGAGCGGAUGGCAAUGCACACGGCAACUACCAUUUGGGUGCACUGCUCUGGGCCGCAGGUCGCGGCUUCAAGGAUAUUGUGGAGCUGCUGGUGCAACGCGGCGCCAAGGUUAAUGUGGGCGACAAGUACGGCACCACGGCGCUGGUUUGGGCAUGCCGCCGCGGCAACGUUGAGAUUGUGGACACGCUGCUCAAGGCUGGUGCCAAUGUGGACACCGCCGGCAUGUACUCAUGGACGCCGCUCUUGGUUGCGGCCGCCGGCGGGCAUACGGACUGCGUUAGUUCCAUACUGGAGAAGAAGCCAAAUGUGAAUGCUCUGGACAAGGACGGCAUGACAGCGCUGUGUAUAGCCAGUCGUGAGGGUUUCCAGGAUAUCGCCGCCGCACUGAUAGCCGCCGGUGCGUACAUCAAUAUACAGGAUCGAGGCGGGGAUACGCCUCUGAUUCAUGCCAUAAAGGGUGGACAUCGCACCGUGGUCGAGGCUUUGCUCAAGAAACACGCCGAUGUCGACAUACAGGGCAAGGAUCGCAAAACGGCCAUUUAUACGGCGGUGGAGAAGGGUCACACGCAGAUUGUCAAAUUGCUGCUGUUCACCAAUCCCGAUCUGGAAUCGUCCACCAAGGAUGGCGAUACGCCGCUGCUGCGCGCCGUGCGCAACCGAAAUCUGGAGAUUGUACACAUGCUGCUCGACCGCAAGGCCAAGGUGACGGCCAGCGAUAAGCGCGGCGACACCUGCCUGCACAUAGCGAUGCGUGCCCGUUCCAAGGCAAUUGUCGAGGCACUGCUGCGCAAUCCGAAGCACAGCCAGCUGCUAUACCGCGCUAACAAGGCGGGCGAAACACCUUACAACAUUGACUCGCUGCACCAGAAGACCAUACUUGGUCAGGUGUUUGGCGCCCGACGACUCAACACCAACGAGGACUCCGAGGGCAUGCUGGGCUAUGAGCUGUACUCCUCAGCGCUGGCCGAUGUGCUCAGCGAGCCGACGCUGACCACGCCCAUAACCGUUGGCCUUUACGCCAAGUGGGGCAGCGGGAAAAGUUUUCUGCUGAACAAACUGCGCGAGGAAAUGAACAACUUUGCCAAACAGUGGGCCGAACCGCCGGCCAAGACCGGCGGCCUGCUCUUCAUCGUCUGCCUGCACAUAUCGCUGCUCAUCGGCACAAUUGUGGGUCUGAGCAGCUGGUCAGCGCUAUGGGGCGUAUUGGCUGCGGUUCUCUUCUUGGUACUGGCGUAUAUUCUGCUGGCGGCAGCCAAAUACUGCAACUAUCAAAUGGACAUGUUUUGGGCCUACUCUGUGCUGCACGGCCUCGAUAAGCGCAUCUCGCGACUGCGUCUUAUACUGCAGGUCACAUUCUGUCAUCCGCCCGGACCACAAGCGGAUUCCCAGCCCAAGCCCGUGCGCUUUCACUUCGCGGAGGCAAGCAGUGCCUCGCCCACGGGCGAUGGCGCCGUCGCACACAUGCUGGCCGCCCUGCUGGACGCCAUAGAGUCCCACUACGGCUGGCUGGCCACUCGGCUGUAUCGUGCCUUUCGUCCCAAGUGCCUGAAACUGGAUGUGGGCUGGCGUUGGCGUCGCAUGUGCUGUUUGCCCAUUGUGUUGCUCUUUGAGCUCGCCCUGGUCACCCUGGUGGCGGGCAUUGCGCUGAUAGUUGCCUACUUCACGCACGCCAAUGCAGAGGAGCGCGAGCAGAUUCUGGUUGCCGUAUAUGUCAUCGCUGCGCUGCUGGUGACGCUCAUCUGCACGCAUCUGCAUGUCCUGGCCAAGGUCUGCGGCUCGCUGUUCAUUUCGCACAAGCGGCAGCUGAAACGGGCCGUGCGCUCCAAUGAGAAUGCGCCGCUGACUAUGCUCGGCGCCGAGGUGGCCGUGCUGACGGACAUGGUUAAAUGCUUGGACGCGUUUACAAAUCAGCAAAGCCGUUUGGUGGGCGUCAUCGAUGCCCUGGACUCCUGUGAUACGGAACGCAUACUGACCUUGUUGAAUGCUGUCCAGACGUUGCUCUCUGCGCCCAAUCGACCCUUUGUGCUGCUCAUCUCCGUGGAUCCGCAUGUGAUUGCCAAGGCCGCCGAGGCCAACAGUCGGCGGCUGUUUACCGAGGGCGGCAUUGGUGGUCACGACUUUCUGCGCAACCUGGUGCAUCUGCCUGUUUAUUUGCAAAACUCCGGACUACGCAAGGUGCAGCGUGCCCAAAUGACGGCGCUCUUGUUCAAGCGCAGCGGCACUGACUACCAAAUCGACGAUGGACCCACGCUGGGGCAUUCGGUCUCAGCGCGCCGGCUAUCCAAUGCCUCGGAGAUUAUGUCCAGCCAGGAGAAGUUACGUGCCCCGCACAGUGCACAACGCGGUGCUGGCGGAGGCGGUGGUGCUGGCAAAAAGCUGCGUCUAUCCGAAUCGGUUGCCAGCUCGAUUGGCUCGAAUCUACACAGACUGGGCCAGAAUCCGCAGGGUGUGCUCGACCUGUCGCGCAUUGUGCUCACCGACGACUACUUCAGCGAUGUGAAUCCGCGCAGCAUGCGCCGCCUCAUGAACGUCAUCUAUAUAACUGUGCGCCUACUGAAAGCAUUCCAAAUCGACUUCAGCUGGUACCGUCUCAGUUCCUGGAUCAACCUGACCGAGCAGUGGCCACUGCGGGCCAGCAUGAUUGUAUUGCAUCACGAUCAGUAUAUGGACACCAAUGCCGACGAGAACAUCUCGCUGCAGAGCGUCUAUGAGAAAGUGCGCCCAAAACUUACCUGUCUGCGUGAGGCGGCACCUUUGCUCGAGCUGGAUCGGGAUGAGCGCAAGCUGGACGCCUUUCUGCAGCUGCAUAAAUCCGAUUUGCUGGUCGCGGACUUGCGCAUAUUUUUGCCAUUCACAAUCAAUCUGGAUCCGUAUUUAAGAAAGGUGCUGAAAGAGGAUCAACAAAUCAUCGAAGACGAAGGUUCGCUUGUGCUGCAAACACGUCCCAGCAUAUCGCACAGCAUGCGACCGCAUCCGGCGCCCACAACCUAUGUGCCUUCACCCCAGGCUUAUCCUCCCUACCAAAUGCUCCAGAACGACUUUAUGGCGAAUGAGCUCCGCACGCGUAAUCUGAGCGCCAUUGAGCCAACGACGCCGCUGCUGCCAUCGCCCAGCGAUUCCUUUGGCGAUGAUAUACUGCAAACGAAGCUCACGGAUCUCACAGUUGAGGGCGUCAUAAGUCUGCUGGAACGCAUUGAGGAUCUGAAGCCGACGCUGCAGAAACUGGCUCCUGUGCUGCGUGACAAUGCAAUCAAUGGUCGCGUGCUGAAGCACUGUGAACUGACGGAUCUCAAAGCGGUGCUUGGCCUGAGCUUCGGUCAUUGGGAGCUGUUCCGUUUGCUGAUCACAACGCUGCGCGACGUCGAGCGGUUGCCGCGCAAAAUACGCCCACAGCCCGCCAUUGCAGAGGUGCCGACCAAUGUGGCCGCUAUCAGGGACGUGACAGAUGCGUUGCCUCCCCCUCCGCCGCUCUCACGCCGGAACUCUGUUAGUCACAUGGAGAAGCAGGUUACACUUGAGGAGCAAAUGAUUUGUGGCGCAUUGCAAACAUUAAAUGAGGAGGCCUUCGAGGAUGUUGCCAGCAGCGAGAGACCCAGCCCGUCUGGCUUGCCCACAGGUGAGAUGUUAGCUGCAGCUGCACAGCUACAAUUAGCACCCAUUCGCGAGAGUUCCGAGUUUGGUUCGCCAUCGGAUGAUCAGAAUAUUAACAAUCUGCUGCAGUACAAUGCAAAUAACAACAACAGCCAGAGCAGCAACAACAACAACAACAACAACAGCAGCAGCAAUGCCCAACAACAAAAGUAUUUGAUCAAUGAAUACAAUCGCAGCGCGAGUUCGCAUUCCCUGCAAAGUCUAAACGCCACCGGCGCUGCUGGUGGCCUGCCGCUGCAGCCGGACCUUGACCUGUCAAGCGCCGGCGCCAUGUUCACCCCAACGCUGCUCAACUCAGGCUCCCCAAUGCAGCAGCGCCGCGACUCGAUACUGAAGCAACAAGGCAGCGUCAAGUCCGAGAAGCGGGUCUCGAUCAAACCAACACCCAGCGGCAGCAAUCUGGCCAAUAUGAACAACAACAACAACAAUAAUAAUAAUACGAAGCUAGCGCCAAAUGUGGAAUACGUUACGGAGCGCCAAAUGGAACUUGCGUCCGGCCCAGGCAGCAGUAAAGGUCGCCUCACCACCAGGCCGCCACCAGGUCCCAGGCCCGCAUCACUGAUCAUUACCAAGACGGACGCGAACUCGCAGUUCCAGCUGCUGCGCUCCACAUCCAUUGAAUAUGAGGAUAUCGAGGCACAGCAGCAUGCCUCAAUACGAGCUAUUCGCACCACGUUGCUCGAGCAGCAGGAGGAUGAGUCGGCGCCGUUGGUGUUUACGGUGCGAAAAUGAUAGGACUGCAGCGACUGCGACCAGCAGGAACAACAAAUGAUUCAAUAUGUGCUUUUUACUUAGUGCCAGUUAAUUUAAGUUACUAACUAGAAUGUAUGUUAGUUGCAGCAAUGCGCCUCACUGUUGUAAUAAUUUAAUGUUGCUAGAGAAUUGUUCAAAUACAGUAUACUUACAAUUAUGAAUUUAAUAUGCGUACUAUAGAAAUGUAUGCAUAUGGCAAUUAAGACAAAUAAAUUUAAUAAACAAAACACUUUACAAAUAAAUUACAACGUUGUAAC